AUGGAUAUGAUGGAUAGAUGGAUGGAUGGAUUCAGCACUGAUUGUUUUGGGUCGAUAAAAGAGUGUAAAUUGCUUCAUCAAUUAUUAUUAAUAAUAUUAUGUAUUUAUAUUUUUUGGAAUGGAGGAGUUGUAGUAGUAGGCAAUGAUAUUAUAUUUGGAUAUAGCGAUAGUGAUAGUGCGAGUAGUCAUGAUCCAGCUGAAAACAUUACUGCACUCAUUGACGUUAAGCCAAUGAUCCAGAUGAUCGGAUCAGAGCGACUUAGCAAUCGAUUCUAUCGUGUCUACUCUACUAUUCCAAGAUACAAUUUUCACGGUCAACGUGUCAAUGACACUUCGUCCAUCUACAUCUAUGCCAAUUGCAGCGAGCAGCAAAAGAGGGAUUAUGUCCAAUCUGUGGCAAUGACAGCAUCGCCCUUUUUACUGCUCAUGGUGUUGAAAAUAGUUUCUUUGGUGGCUGGUGCCAUCAUCUUUAUAAUCUAUUCAAUCUAUCAAUUGGUUAAACAUAAAAGGAAUCGUUGUAGUAAAAAUAAUAAUAAUAAUCAAAUCCUUAAAAGAUUAUCAAUUCAACAAGAACAAGACGAUAGUCAUCUUGAUCAACAAUUUGAAGAAUCAAUCAUUCAAAAUAACAAUUUAAAUGUUUACGAUAAACAAACAAGACAUCGAAUCAAAAUAUAUUUUAUAAUCAUUAGUUUAAUCUUUUUUUUAAUAAUGAGUUUAUUAUUUUUUAAUUUAUUAGUCAAUAAUGAUUUACAUACAUCAAUUGUAUUAUCAAAUCAAAUUGUAACGACAAGUUUAGAUUAUCAAGUAUCGACUGAACAAAAAAUCAUCAAAGAAUGCAAGGAAAUUGGUAUUUAUUAUAGAUUGCCAUUGGAAGUGUUGGAAAUGUUUGAUUUGACAAUGGAAAUGUUUAAUACUACUAUAAAAUAUCAAGAUGAUAUUUAUCGAUAUGAAAAGAUUAGAUAUCAUUUUGUAUUGUCAUCAAUUAUUGUAUUAUUUAUUUUGGUUUCUUUUGGUUUCUUGGCAACUCUAUUUAAAAUGAAGCGACCAAUUAUAGUAUUUAUCAUUGUUGGAUUAACAUUUUCAAUUGCAUUGUGGAUUGUACCAUCUACACAUACACCACUUAGUAUUGUCAUUUCAGAUGUUUGUCCACAAGUAACAAAUAUUAUAGAAGCUCGUUCAGAUGAUUACUAUCCCUAUGUUCAAUAUUUUCUAGAAUGUGACAAUGCCGAUAUUUUCUCUUUUAUCGGUGAUAUUCUAUCAUCACUCAUUGUUCAAAACCAAGCCAAAUUAAAUUAUGAAAUCGCUGCUCAUUUUCCUCAAGAUCAUAUCAAUGAAUUGCAACAAAAAAUCAAAGAAUUACAAAUUGUAAAAUAUGAUACUGAUAAUAUUUUAAAUUGUAAUAAUACUUCAGGAGCUUAUCAAUCUUUAAAAAAUAAUAUUUGUACUGAAGUUUUAAAUGGAACAUCAUUAUUAACAACAUUAUUUUUUGUAAUGACAAUAUUAUUUUGUAUAACUUUUAUAAUUUCAAUCAAAAUUUAUAAAUUAUUAAACAAACCUAGACAUACUUUGUUAAAUCAAGAUGAAUUGGAAAAUGAAUUAUUAUUAAAUAAUCAAAAUAAUCAAAAUAAUGAGGAUAAUGAAAAUAAUAAUAAUCAUAGUCCAUCAAGAGUAGGAUCACAAAAUACAAUUAAUAUUAAUAUUAAUAAUAUUGUAGAUAAUAUAAUGAAUCAUCUUAAUAGUAAUAGUAAUCAUAGUAGUAAUCAAAAUAGUCAUCAUAGUAGUUUUAAAAAUGAAGAUUUAUCAAUGGAUCUUGAACAAGUUGAAAUUAAUAAUGAUGAUGAUGAUGAUUAUGAUUGCGAUAAUGAAUUAUUAAAUCCUUCAAAGAUUCGUUAUGAAUUGUAA